AAUGAAUCCCUUGUGUGGCUCUGGUCCGUCGAGGUUGACAUGCGGGGUCCUGAUCAAUCAUGGAAUGAGGAAUUUUACCAAGUUCACUGGCUCCAGGCAAAGGCACUACAGGAUCAAUGGAAGAAAGAGCUGAUGUUGAUCCAAUUUGAGAUGGAUUGGACAUGUAACUUUUUCUUGUGGAAAGCAACCCAAUGGGGCGACCAGAUGCAGGAAUCAUUCAUGAAACGACUUCCGGGUCAUGCAUGCUACUCCAGAAGGCAA